UAAUAAAUGGACUUGAGCAUUCGACCAAUGUAGUCAAGUCAACUUUUCCAUCGUUCCGUUUAUCAGAGACAAAAUGGUAAAGGCAAAAGAAAAAAACAAAGUCGACACCAUCACCAUUAUCAUAAGAGGUCAAAUCUUUAACGAAAAGAAAAAAAAUUCUUUUAGUGCGAAUGUGUCAUCAGUCAAAUAAGCCAACGACAUGAGCAAACAUACUUACACAAACACACACACACACAUGGCAACCAUACGAUAUUUUGUUUUUCUAUUUGGCCAAUAUAUAUCUAAAACUAUAGUUGUAAACAUUCUUUGCUUUUAUAAAAAUGGACAAAUAUUUACAUCACUGAUCAGCCAGUCACUGUAUGGUUUUUUUUGAGUGAUCAUUUGUCUGACAAAUCUAUGUGACCACCGGAUGGCAAAAUAAUCAUUAUUUUUGCUAAAAAAAUUAAAAUUAAAAAUCAAAUAAUGCUGUCAACUUCCAUAAACCACAACGGUUUAUUAAAAAUAGCUGAUUUUUGUUGUUGUUGUCAACUGUCGGACCUUCUAUAUUGGUUUGAUUCAUCAAGACUGAUGAAUGUGAUUUAAUCGAAUUAUCAAAUUUGAAAAAAUUUAAAAGUUUAAAUUCAUUUCAAAGUUUAAGAACUGUGAUAAAUAUAUGAAUGUUGAUGAUUGUUCAUUAAUUUCAACAUAAUAAUCAACAAAAUUCCAUAAACUGAAGGAAAUUGAAGCAAAAAAUGACUACACCAUUAUUAUCGAUGAGCCACAGGAGCAAUUGGUGUCAUUCAGCAGUAGUAUCAGCAGCUGCAACAACAUCGUUCAAUACCGGAAAUGUAUCAUUCAAAGGGCGGACGUCAAAUCACCAUAAUGGAAAUUUUGUCAUGCCAUCUACGUUUGCUAAAUCAACAUCAACUAUGUCUUUACCUUCGACAGCAAUAUUCUUGCAAAAAAUCGGAUGUUCAAUGUCAUUGCCUAUCCUGUAUUCCGAUAAAAUGACCCCGACAAAUGACAAUUUAAAUGAUAAUUCGACCACUAAUGAGGAUAGUGAUUCCCUAUUGGCAAGUUCAUUACCGAACCUAAAAUUUUUUGAUCAAAAAUUCCAAGAAAUUUCACAACGUUUAGAUUCGAUUGAUUUAUAUAAAGAUAAAAAUGAAUUUGUUGAGCCAUUAAAAAACGAAACUAUCACAAAUGAUAAUGAGAUAAUGGAUCAACAAGGACAAGAAAAUCUUCCAAAAAUUCUCGCGUCGAUUCGUUGGAUAUACAAACGACGGCGAUCAUCAACUGAACUAGAUUUGGCAAUCGUUGAAAAAUAUCUGACUGAUAAAGAUAAAUCUAUAGUUUCAGAUGAAUCAAAUGAAACGACAAUUGAAGAUGACCUGGCUCGAUUAAAGAUUGAAAUGACUAAAUCAAACAAUAUAAAUUCCAUGGAUAUAUCAACGUCAUCAUUAGAUGAUGAAAAAUGGAAUCGACGUGGUGAACGGAAAAAUAGUUCCAUGGUACCGAUAUUGCCUGAUUUAGAAUUAAUCUCUAAACUUCGUGAAGGUGAUAACGAUGCUGUCUAUCAUGAUCAUCUUCAACGCCCAAAUUACAUUCACAAUGAUCAAUUUGACGAAACAACACUGAAUAAUGUGGAUAAACUGGAAACAAGUUUGUCGAAUGUUGAUGAUCUUAAAAAUGAUAAUAUCGCUGAUGUAUAUGAUGAAAGCGAGUCAGAUCAAAACGAAAAGACAUCAAAUCUAAAUCAAUAUAGAACAACAUUGUUCAAAUCAGGUACAAACAAAAAACAAGAAACGGCAGCCGCGUGGCUAGCAGCUGCAACUCAACAAUUAUCCGAUCAGAUCAAUCAGUUAAAUAAUCGAAAACAGAAAAAUGAACAAUCGGCUUAUACAGAAUCGCUCGAUGUUGAUGUUUCAAAGCCUAAUCGAAAGAAAAAAACAUCCAUUCUUCGAACGAAAUCUUUAAGCAUUCAUUAUGAAAAGAAAAAUGUUCGUUUUGCCGAUACUCUUGGUCAUUCAUUGGAAAAUGUUCGUUAUUUUAUGCUAACGCCACAGAUACCACCACGUCGAUAUUCAUCAUACACACCUCCUUUAAAUAAUGAAUGGAAUAGUGACAGUUGGCAUGGAACAGGAGACAAUAUGAAAACAAAUUCCAUGCAAAAUAAUACACGAUUCUCAUCAAUACCAUCAAUGAAACGUGAUUACUUAAACAAUACGAUGAAUCUCAAUCCUCGAUACGAACUUGUCAUUGCUAAUUUUACAAUACCAUCGUUGAGUCUAGAUUUUAGUCGACGUUUAUUUGAACGAAAAGUUAUUUUGCAUUCAUUGACAAUGGCCGAAACGACUGUUUAUGGAAAUGUAUCAGUCGAAAAUGUUCAUUUUGUUAAAAAAGUAUUUGUCCGAUAUACGUUCGAUGAAUGGAAAACGUUUAUUGAACGUGAAGCAACCUAUAUGCCUGGCUCGCAUGAUGGCCAUACAGAUAAAUUUUCAUUUGUCAUCUAUGCUCGACCACAGGAUUUUAAUCUCAAUCAUUAUCAUUAUCAUUCAUCACCAUUCUAUCAUCAAAUUAAACCAUCAAACAAAAGCAAUAACGAACAUUCUCACCAUAAUGAAUCGAUAACGAAAAUGUUUUUCGCCAUCCGUUUUACAACCGGCGAUGGACAAGAAUUUUGGGAUAAUAAUGAUGGCCUUAAUUAUCAAUUGGAUCUUAAACCGUUCUGAAUUCACGAAUU